CUCCUCCUCCCCCCCCCUUGCAGCCCGGCACCCUAAUGCGAAUUGAGGAAGCAGAGGGCGGAUUUCUCUGGCGGCCCCGGCGUCAUCAGCAGGUAAACACCGAAGCUGAGUGGGCAAAGCUGCCCCCCUCCCAGCCGUGCCCCACCCCCGAGUGGAGAUUGCAGCCAGCAUCCUCUCUCUCACUCCCGGGCUCGCCUCUCAGCGCACAGCAGCAGGAUAGCGGCAGCGGCGGCGGCGGCAGCUGUUUCUCACUCCCUCCAGCUCCCAACCGAGCUUCCGAGAUGCCGGAGCAGAGCAACGACUACCGGGUGGUGGUGUUCGGGGCCGCCGGAGUCGGCAAGAGUUCCCUGGUGCUGAGGUUCGUGCGGGGCACUUUCCGGGAGACCUACGUGCCCACCAUCGAGGACACCUACCGCCAAGUCAUCUGCUGCGAGAAGAGCGUCUGCACCCUCCAGAUCACCGACACAACAGGUAGUCACCAGUUCCCGGCCAUGCAGAGGCUGUCCAUCUCCAAGGGUCACGCCUUCAUCUUGGUCUACUCCGUCACCAGCAAGCAGUCCCUGGAAGACCUGCUGCCCAUCUACGAGCAGAUCCGCCAGAUCAAAGGCGACGUGCAGAAGGUGCCCAUCAUGCUGGUGGGCAACAAGACCGACGAGGACCAGCGGGAGCUGCAGGCCAGCGAGGGGGAGGCCCUGGCCAACAAGUGGAACUGCUCCUUCAUGGAGACCUCGGCCAAGAACAACUCCAACGUGCAGGAGCUCUUCGAGGAGCUGCUCAACCUGGAGAAGCGGAGGCCCGUGUGUCUACAGGUGGACGGCAAGAAAGCCAAGGCGCCCACCCGCGCCGCCCGCCUGCGAGGCAAGUGCUGUCUCAUGUAAGCCCGGAGGUCGCCGAGCAGGACCCCUCGCUUUCCUUGCAUGGUGUCUGUCGUAGGGGUACGGACUGCUCCUCCCUGUCGGAAAGUGUCACCCACAGCAUUAGCGAUUUUGUUGAUGAGGAAUCCCAGCUCGUGGUUCACGCUCUAAAACCACCACCACCACCACCACCACCACAACAAAAUGGGUACGAACUAAUGUCCUCUGGGGGUGGGGGGGAAAGAAAUCCCAAAAUGUCACCCAGACGUUAAACGUUUAUUCGAGGGGGAGGGAUCCGAGACUCUAUUGACCAAAAAAAAAUUCGGGAAAAUCACCACGACCUCCGGCAUUGACUGUGUCGACGUAUUCUGAACUUUGAAGAAAAAUUUGCCCCCAAAACCCCACAAAUUUGACUCCAAAGUCCGGGACGUGUUUUGAAUAAUGUCAUAGCCCCCCUUUUGAUAAAGCCACGAGUCCCAUUGUUUUUAAGCGUUCGCGAUUGUUUGCUCGACAACCCCUAACUCGCCUAGGCUGUAUAGACUCCUUCGGCUCCCCAUCUUCACGAUUCACCUGGCGAAAUUGGCUCCCAAGUCCGAAGCCCACACCAGAAAUCCAGGCGGCUGUGUUCGCUCGACGGUAGCUACAGGGGUGGAGGGGGUGAGACUCGCUUACCAAAGAGGGGCUAGAUGUUCAGAAAUAAAGUUCCCCGCGUCGUUGUGUGUGUUCGUGUGUCCGUGUGUCUGUGUGUCCGUGUGUCGCUCAGCAGCUUCGGAGGCAUGUGCCAGUGAUUCCCGAAUAAGUGUGACUUAUUAAAGCUCCCCUUGCAUGGAA